UUUUACUGUGUCGCUGGCUUGCUCCCCAGACUCAACAGUGAGUGAGCAACAUGAUUCCUAGGGAGCAUCUCAAACAUCCAGAGGCUGGCCAGGGGCAGGACAUAAGCCCUGCAGGGGAGGGGUGGCUGUGACAGUGACAUCACAAAGGUCUUUUGUAGGACUGCAACCUAUUGGGCAAAGAUGGUGGGGAGGCUGUGACCUCACAGAGAGCCCCAUGACACCAGCCCGGCAGAACAGGGGUGCAGGUCUGGGGCAACCUCGGAGACCCCUAUGGCUUUGCUGCAGCAAGUCUGCUUCUCAAGGUCUCUCCUUGAGGAUGCAGAGAGAAUUCAGGUUCACGUACGUGAGCGUGAGGAGGAACCUCUUCGGAGUUUUCUCCUUUCCUACUACUGAUUUUGCUAGAAAAUGGACAUCCCUGGUUUAGAAGGGAAGAGCCUCAGAGAGCUUUGGAACCUGUUCAGUCUGAUCUAUCUGUUGCCGGCUAUAUUCUAGGCACAUAAAACACUAAGUUAAGGUGGCAGAAUUUUAUUUCUCAUCUAGGAUUUUGUCCCUUAGAAUCACUGGGGACACUUGGGUUUGUCCUUUUUGGUUUCCCUUUUCCUCAGUCUGUCCCUCCUUUCUCUUCUUCUCUUGCUUCUUUUGUCUUUGAGCUUUUCCCUGCUCCCUUCCCACAAAGAGGUGGGGCUGGAAAAAUGUUCUAAGAGUGAUCACCUCUGGUGGUGACCUGGGCCAUCCUGUGGGAUCUCUGGUGAGAACCCUCUGCCUCCUGCCCCUCAGACUCUCAACAUUUAUUGGUUGAGCACGGUGCUAUUGACAGGGAGUCGACUUGGGUCCUUGUUGUUCUCUUUAAGACCAAGCAAAUGAGUCACCAAUCAUGUAUUCAAUUAAUCUUGCUGCUUCUCCCCAUUAAUUGUCUCUGCACAGAUCAUGAUUCUCUCUCUAACGUUCUAGUUCUUCUAAAAUAUGUACUGAAUAAUUAUUCUGAACAGUUGUUGAUCUGGUUUCAGAGCAGCAGCCAUGUUAGUCUGUAUUCGCAAAAAGAAAAGGAGUAUCUGUGGCACCUUGUUGUCGGUCUGUAGCUCAUCUGAGAGCACUUUAUUCUCAUGAGUCAAUGUAUGACAUUCAAGAUCUGAUGGUUCAUUUGAAAGUCAGGACUCCUGGGUCCUGUUCCCACCUCUGCCCCUGACUGGCUAUGUGACCUCAGACAAGUCACUUCACCUUUCUCAGCCUUAGUUUCUCUCUGUCAGUUAAGGGUAACAAUCUUUUCCUACCUAUCUCACAGCAGGUGGAGGAUGGGGAGUUGUGGGGAUCAGUCUGAGAGUGUCACUAGUAGAAGUGCAUAAUAUAAGUGCCCUUUCAUGUCAAGUCAUGUCAAGAUUAUGACAUUAUAGCUGAAAUAUUCUAUUUUAUUUGUGUUUUAUUAUUGUUGAAUAGUUUAGAGCACCAACUACUUAGCACAGACUGAAGCAUCUUAUCUAAUUUUCUAGAUCAAAGUAUCUCCUCUUUGUGUGCAAUGAGACAUAAGAACAUAAGAAUGGCCAGACUGCGUCAGACCAAAGGUCCAUCCAGCCCAGUAUCCUGUCUACCGACAGUGGCCAAUGCCAGGUGUCCCAGAGGGUGUGAACCUAACAGCCAGCCCCCAGUGUCCAUACCCUCUGGGGACCACCCUCUCCAGCCUGCCUUGGGUUGGAGAGUGAGGAAGAGGGUGAGGGACAGCUGGUGACACUGAACAUCCACCAUCCAUCGCUUCAUCACUUAAAGCAAGUAAGUGGCAUUUAGGGUUUCCUCUGUGGCUUCCCCUGUCUGUCUGGGGAGAAGCAGAAAUGGGGAAGAGAAUCUUUGCAAACAGUCCCCAGGAGCCCCUCACCCUCAGACUGGGCCACAGGUUCCUUGUAGAGGCUUCUCAAGAGCCAUCUCCAGUUUCUUUGGAAAUGUCUCAGUAAUGGGGCUCCCAGCCCUUCCCUUGUGGGAGACUGUUCCUCAGGCUGAGAAUCUCUGAGCUGGGCCAGGCUCUGUGAGUUGCUGUGAAAAUCAAUGGUAAACAGGGGCCCUGGGCUUCAUAUGACUAGGGAGGUUGUGAAUCUGACAUGGGGAAAGGUUUCCCAGGAGAAGUCCGGACUCCUGGGUUCUGUUCCUUCUCUCACCUUGGCGGGAGUGUGGCCUGGGACAGGACGAGGGGGCUGCUUGUCCACACUAAUCAGUGGUCUUUGUGUCUGAUCCCACUGAUCUAAGAGUAUGAGAUUCCCUUGUUAUUGCAGCACCAGGAGUGGCAGGGGGACCUUUGGGAGCAGAUCAUGCAAUGAGCUUCUGCCAGGGUGUGUGCACCCCCUCUGGGGGGAGGAGGAGUUGCUCUGGCUGGGGCAAGAGAGACCAAAAAGGCCCAUUAGUGAGAUGCUGCACUGACCCCAGACUCAUGCCUGCUCGGUUCCAGGAUGGCCAGGUUCCUGAGGAUGUUCAGGAAGAAGGCUUUGUAGGUGGCCCCAGAGCCUGAGGGAGGCAGCUGCCAUCUUCCCAGGAGUAGAGCAGCCCCUCUGUCCCCGCUGGUGGGGAAGCAGCUCCCAGCCAGGUCAGGAGGAGGAAGUGCCUGGCCUUCUGGAGGAGGAAACCAGCUCCCGGUGCAGGCGCUGAAGGAGAGAGGCACUGGCGAGGCCCCUAUGGAGCUGGCCCAGGAUGCAGCUGGGCAGGCAGGACCAAGCCCAGGAGGGGAGCCAGGCAGGAUGGUUCUGGGGCUUCUUGUGUGGGAAGCACUGGCACCAGGAACCCAGCCCUGAUUCCCAGCAGGAGACAUUGCCCUGCCUGGUCACUGAGGACCUUCCAGCCUCCCCAGGGAAGGAGGUGAAGGAUCCCUGUCCCAGCACCACCAGCUCAGCCCACUCCCCAUGGGACAGCAGCAGAUCCUGGGAGUCUGGCAGCAGCGAGGCUGAUGGCUGCUGCUGCUUUGUUCCAGGGGCCCCCAGGGACUCAUUAGAGGAGGUGGAGAAAGGGGUGGGCAUGGCCAAAGAGGAAACUGCCCUCCAGGUCCUCUUGGAGCAGCUCCAGGGCAGAGAACAGCCCCACUCCUGGUGGGUGCAGGAUGAGGCCGAGCAGCUCAGGUUCCUGCACACUAUCACCCCCUUGUGCAUCGCUGCACAGCAGAGAGGGCAGGACACGCUGGAGCCACACUGCUCCAAAGCAGCUGUGGUGGAGAGGAUUGUGCAGGAGGACAUCACGGCCAAGGUGAUGCGCCAGCUCUAUGCCAUCCGAUCCCUUCGCAGGUGCCUGAGCCUCUACAGGGGCGCUGCCUGAUAGGAUGCCUGUGAUGGGGGGGGUGUAAACCCCACACCUGGGCCAGGAGGGGUUAGAGAGCUGUCCUGGGCCUCUGUGAUCCUGCCCCGCUGCACCUGCAGAACCUGCUCCAGCUGGAGGACGAGUGUGGGGAAGCAGAGAAACCAGCACAGAAGGGGUUAAGGAGAGCCAGGGAUGGGCCUGCAAUAAAUGGGCUAGGAUGUAACAGUUUAAACCCAGUGAUAGGGUUUGUUGUUGCUGCCAACCUCAGAGUCAAAACUGCUAGCCAGGUGGCAAGGACCAUUCAAGGCGGUAAAAAGAGCAGGGGCGGUUGAUUAUGAAAUCCGCCAUCCAAGGAAGAGAAAGGAGACACGGCUAUACAACGUGAACCUGCUGGAAGGACCAAUAGAGCCUCCUUAUAAUGCCUUUUCCACCGGACCCUGAGCUCAGCCCACAAGUGCCCUUAAUCCAUCAUUCUGGCCCUAACAGAAACAGCAAAUACAACGGCUAAUCAAAGACUUUCCCUCAGUGUUCUCAGCAAUGCCUGUAGAAAUCCACCAAGCCUGCCAUCAUGUGGAUACCAAAGCAGGAAAAAAUGGUUCCUGAGAAUCUACAAUCCAUUCCAUGGAAGUUGUGGGAAAUGUUCUGCAAAGAACUGCUGGCUGUAUUGGACCUAGGAGUCAUUGGGGAAUCCCCUAGUGAGUGGAGGAAUCCCAUUGUACUUGUGCUAAAGCUGAACAGAUCAAUCCAUUUUUCCAUGGAUUUCUGGAAGAUAAAUGCACUAUUGAAAUUUGACCUGUAUCCUAUGUCUAGAGUAGAUGAGUCAACGGAGAGUUCAGUGGUCACCAAAUAUAUCUCCCCUUUGUCAGGUCAAGAGUGGGACUGGCAGAUUCCUUUGAUAUGAGUCACAGGAAAAGACCUUAUUCUCCACCCCAUUUGGCCAAUACCAAUUCAAGCCUAGGGCUGGCCUUAGUGGUGGGCACCAUGGUCGGGGGGUCAUGUGUCAAGAGGCAAAGGGCUCAAGCUCCUUCUCUCUGCCUGCAAGGUGCAGCACGGCACAGCAAGAGCACCCACCUCCUAGCUCCCAGAUGGAGCCUGCUCUGAUUAUUACCCCACUGGUUUCCCAGCCUGACUACUAGUCCCACCUCCACAUGCUGUGAGCCAGUGGGCUCCCCCACCCCCCGGCACCUUCUGGGACUGUCCCCAGCCCGGGCUGUUCCUCCUUCCCGCCAGCAGGCCAGUGAACUCUGUCCCCUGUGCAGUGCACCAGGCAGUGGCCCAGGAGGAAACGCUGCUCACAAGGGCCCCACACCCAGCCCGGACAGCAGCAGGGCCCAGGGCCAGCCUUAUGCAUGGGCGACAUGGUCAAGAGGGAAGGAGCAGGGCUGACCUAGGGAAUGAGGGACCUUGGGGCAAUGUGAGAGGAGGCAGCAGAGCCCAGGGGCAAUGUGGGGGUGGGGAGCCCAGGGAGGUAUUGGGGGCCUGGGGUGCCAAAAUACAAAUUCACCCAGGGUGCCAUUUUCCCAAAAGCCAGCCCUG